UCACUUUCAACUAUCUCUCGCACUUUUGAUACCCUCAGGUGUUGUUGUAUCACCUUCCCGCUCAAUUUACUGCCAUAAAUCUACACUACACCGACAAUUGCCACCAUGGCGGAGACAUUCGAGUUUCAGGCUGAGAUCUCUCAGCUCCUCUCCCUCAUUAUCAACACCGUCUACUCAAACAAGGAGAUUUUCCUACGAGAACUCAUCUCCAACGCCUCAGAUGCCAUUGACAAGAUCCGAUAUGAGUCGCUCGCCGAUUCAAGCAGACUUGACUCUGCAAAAGAUCUGAGAAUCGACUUGAUCCCCAACAAGGAGAACAAGACCCUCACCCUCCGUGACACUGGUAUCGGUAUGACUAAGGCCGACCUUGUCAACAACCUUGGUACCAUUGCACGGUCAGGUACCAAGCAAUUCAUGGAGGCCCUCACCGCAGGUGCCGAUAUUUCCAUGAUCGGUCAAUUCGGUGUUGGUUUCUACUCUGCAUACCUUGUCGCUGAUCGCGUCACCGUCAUCUCAAAACACAACGAUGACGAGCAGUACAUCUGGGAGUCCAGCGCUGGUGGUACUUUCAGCAUCAAGCAGGACGUUGACGGUGAGCCUCUUGGCCGCGGCACCAAGAUCAUCCUCCACCUCAAGGAGGAGCAGCUCGACUACCUCAACGAGAGCAAGAUCAAGGAAGUUGUCAAGAAGCACUCCGAGUUCAUUUCAUACCCCAUCUACCUUCACGUCGUGAAGGAAACCGAGAAGGAGGUUCCUGACGAGGACGCUGCCGAGGAGUCCAAGGAGGACGACGAGAAGAAGCCCAAGGUCGAGGAGGUUGACGAUGACGAGGAAGAGAAGAAGCCUAAGACCAAGAAGGUGAAGGAGAGCAGCAUCGAGGAGGAGGAAUUGAACAAGGUUAAGCCCAUCUGGACACGCAACCCCCAGGACAUCUCACAGGAGGAGUACGGUGCCUUCUACAAGUCACUAUCAAAUGACUGGGAAGACCACCUCGGUGUCAAGCACUUCUCCGUCGAGGGUCAGCUCGAGUUCCGUGCUAUCCUCUUCGUACCCAAGCGUGCGCCCUUCGACCUGUUCGAGACCAAGAAGACCAAGAACAACAUCAAGCUCUACGUCCGCCGUGUCUUCAUCACUGACGAUGCGACCGACCUCAUUCCUGAGUGGUUGUCAUUCGUCAAGGGUGUUGUCGACUCUGAGGAUCUCCCAUUGAACUUGUCUCGUGAGACCCUUCAGCAAAACAAGAUCAUGAAGGUCAUCAAGAAGAACAUUGUCAAGAAGACUCUUGAGCUCUUCAACGAGAUCGCUGAGGAUAAGGAGCAGUUCGACAAGUUCUACACUGCCUUCGCCAAGAACAUCAAGCUCGGUAUCCACGAGGACAGCCAGAACCGCAACGCCCUCGCCAAGCUCCUUCGCUACAACUCCACCAAGUCUGCUGAGGAGACCACUUCUCUCGCUGACUACAUCAUUCGCAUGCCUGAGCACCAGAAGCAGAUGUACUACAUCACCGGCGAGUCCGUCAAGGCUGUCGAGAAGUCGCCCUUCCUCGACGCUCUCAAGCAGAAGAACUUCGAGGUUCUGUUCCUUACCGACCCAAUUGACGAGUACGCCUUCACCCAGCUCAAGGAGUACGAGGGUAAGAAGCUCGUCGACAUCACCAAGGACUUCGAGCUCGAGGAGACCGAGGACGAGAAGAAAUCUCGUGAGGAGGAGGAGAAGGAGUAUGAGUCACUCGCCAAGUCGCUCAAGAACGUCCUCGGCGACAAGGUCGAGAAGGUCGUCGUCAGCCAGAAGCUUGUCGGCUCACCUUGCGCCAUCCGUACUGGUCAGUUCGGUUGGUCCGCCAACAUGGAGCGUAUCAUGAAGGCUCAGGCCCUCCGUGACACCUCCAUGUCAAGCUACAUGUCCAGCAAGAAGACCUUCGAGAUCUCACCCAAGAGCCCCAUCAUCAAGGAGCUCAAGAAGAAGGUUGAGGCCGACGGCGAGAGCGAUCGCACUGUCAAGAGCAUCACCACUCUUCUGUACGAGACCUCCCUGCUCGUCUCUGGCUUCACCAUCGAUGAGCCCGCCGCGUACGCCGAGCGCAUUCACAAGCUCGUCUCCCUUGGCCUGAACGUCGACGAGGACGUUGAGACCGUCGAUGAGGCUGCCGGCGAGUCCACCACCGCCGAGGCCGCUGGCGAGAGCGCCAUGGAGGAGGUCGACUAAACGAUCGGACUUCUCUCCCAUGUCCCGUCACGAAUUUUUCUGAAAGUUUAAUGCCGAUCACGUCUUCUUUCUUGCGAAAAAACAAACAUGGGCGUUCCGUGGGUUAACUGGGCGAAUUGCAUUUUGAGAAAGAGCGCGAGCUACCAUGACAUGCAAUGGCUGCUUUGAUGACAAAAGGGAAACGGACAUCGCUCCAUUCCUCUCUGGUUUAUGUAUCCGUAGAUGCUAAAUAGGGAAAACGAAUUUCUUUAUUCUGUCCUUUAUCUUCUUCACCCCUCUUUCGUCCCUGUGAUUUGUUUCUUUUUUGCUUUUCC